AUGGCCGCCUCCUCCUCCGAUAGCGAUAGCAGCUCCAGCCGCUCUACUUCGCCAGAGGCAGGUCAUGUUCAGAAGCCAUCAGUAAAAGCAAAAACCGAGGCGAAAAAAGAUAGUGACGAAGAUUCGAGCUCCGACUCCGACUCCGACUCGGCUAGCGAUUCAGGAUCCGAUAGUAGUUCCGAACCUGAGAGCGAGUCAGAAAGCUCCGAUGAAAUGGAUACCAGCGAGGAUGUUGCCGAGAAAGACCCCAAAGCUCAAAAACAUCCCGUGAAGGCCUUCAAGGCACCUGCUGGCUUCAAGCCUGUACAGAAACAAGCACCCCCGUCGUCGAAAACCUCUUCUCUUCUCUCCAACUUGCGCGGCAAGCAGGUGGUCCACAUCACUGCGCCAUCUUUCCUCCCACUGUCCAAGGUCAAGGAGAUCACGAUGUCCAAGAUCGCCAAGGGCGAACCGAUUCUCUCAUACGAAGGCACAAACUAUGGCAUUCCCGCUGAAUCUUUCAAUAACGAAGAUCCAGACAGCAAGUCUCUACUUGUCUUCGACCCAAGCACCCAAAAAUACAGCAGAUCAGCCGAGCAAAUACCUAGUUAUCACAUUCAGGAAUUAUUCAACAUUCCACAGCCCGACCAUGCCGCAAUUGAAGCGCUGCGAGAUACCGUGAAGCCCCCACGGCCUCAGCCCAAGAACCUGAAGAUGCGAUUCCGCCCCGUUGGCAGCCUACCUGCCGCUCCAGAGACACUGGGCUCUGACUCAGAGUCGGAUGAGCCCUCGUUCAAGGUUCCUCCUGGAGACCGUGAAGAGCGCAAGCGUAAACAUCAGCACACGGAUGGAGAUGCUUCCCAAAAUGCUGCUUCGCCAAGCAGAAAGAAGUCCAAAAAGCAUUCAUCGCAAGAGAAUGAGGAGAAGCCUGAAAAGAAGUCGAAAAAGUCACACAAGGACCGCGAAGAGAAGAAGCGGAAAAAGUCUGAAAAGGCAUGA